AUGAUUCAAGGCAUCUUCUACGCCCGCUUCUUCCCUCAGGAAGGGCCCCAGAUCGUCGCCCAGUCGCCGCCCGGAUGUAUCACCACCAGCAGCGACACUACCCUGCCGCCUCGCCCACCGCUGAUCGACUUUGACAUUCUGCGCGAGUACAUCAUCCCGCGACAGGCGUUCUGCAAUCGGUACCUGACCAUCAACUCGCCCGACAACAAGUACGCCAUCCUCGGCCACCCAGUCGUCAUCCCCCACGCCAAGUACAUGCGCAAUGAGUUCAUCUUCAACUUUGGGCUGAUCCUCGAUGUCGACGUCGAUCAGGUCCCCUAUGAGCGGGUGGUGCGACGGCUGGCGACGACGUUUAGUGAGAUGGAGAAGCAGAACGAGUACCUGAGCCAGACUGAAGGCCGGGCCGACGAAUCCAAUGGUCGCAGGCCCAUCGAGGGCUUGCUGGAGAUUGUCAAGGAGGACCUCAACAACUAUGGCGAGUGCAUGAUUCCCGUUGACGAGGCUAAUACCCUCAACAUGAAGCUCUUCCCACACCAUCCCAACCCGCCCGUUGUCAAAGGCUGGCACGUGCCCGUCUCCAAGACUAAGUUUGCUGACAUUAUGGACCCGACCUGGGACCUCACGCUGCAAAAGGUCAUCUCCCACAUUGAUGGCGUCUCGGACGUCCGGCGCAUCGCCCACGCGGCGAGCGUGUCCCUCGACCUGGCCAAGACGGCGCUGCGGCACCUGCUGUACUACGACACCAUCCUGCUGCUCGACAUGUUCUUCUUUGGCGCCUGCUACGCGAGCAGACCCGGGAUCCACGACUUUGUAAGCAACGUCGACGGCAUGGUGGAGGAGUGUGCGGGCUACGUGAGCCACGCAGGCCGGCGGCCGAGCAACUUCCACCUCAUACGGCUCAUGACUAGCUUCGUUCCCGGCAAGACGGUCCUCGAGUGGCUGUGGGCCCAUCACGAGGCGGGCUUCGAGGUGCUGCGCUACAUUGACGUCAGGCGUUUCGUGCAGUUCGGUCUGAUCAAGGGCUGCCUGUACCGCGUGCACAAGCACGUCGUCUCGAAGCAGUACCUGGCCGGCCUGGCGACGGGCCAGAGCCGACCGGUGGAGGGGGCUGAUCCGAUACAGCAGUAUACGGACGGGUGUCAUCACUUUGACCAGAUCAUCACCGAGCAGGACCUGACGGACGAGGAGAUUAUGAAUAAGCUUAAGACGCUACCCGUCCCAAAGGGAGACCUCGCGCUCUUCUAUAGAUGA